UUCAAUAUGGCUUCCGCCAGUUGACGAAAAAAAAUAACAGUGCCGAUUUCUGAUAUGUUCGGGCGGCAUUUCUGUCUACAGGCGGCUGGACAUGACAGAAGUGAUGGAGAGGACCCUUGCUUCCCUGCCGAUGUUCAUCAAAGGGGAGCUGGGCGGGGCUUUCGGCGGUUCGCGCGGGUUUCAGUCCCUCAUCAAGGCGAUCGGCGAGUCCCAGUCUAAACAUGAGGAGGAACGUAUCAUGAAAAAGGAGGUGAGCUACCUGCAGCAAAAACUCACUCAACCAGAUAUCUCCAAGAAACAGAUGAAGGAGUUGUUGGUACGACUGGUGUACUGUCACAUGCUGGGACAUGACAUCACGUUUGGGUACAUCCACGCACUCAAACUGGCCCAGCAGGGAGGACUGGUGGAGAAGAGAGUAGGGUACCUUGCAGUGUCGCUGUUCCUCCAUGAAGACCAUGAGUUGAUCAUGCUGCUCAUCAACACGAUACAGAAGGAUCUGAAGAGCACCAACAUCCUGCAUGUGUGUAUGGGCCUGACAGCGGUCUGUGCUCUCAUCAGCACGGAGAUGAUCCCAGCACUGCUGCCUAUGGUGGAAGACAAGCUGCAGCACCCAAAGGAGGUUGUGCGUAAGAAAGCCAUCAUGGCUCUGCACAGGUUCUACCUGAAGGCUCCAAACCUGGUCCAACACAUCCACGAGAAGUUCCGCAAGGUUCUGUGUGAUCGUGACCCCGGGGUCAUGGGGGCCUCGCUCAACAUAUUCUAUGACCUGAUAAAGGAGGAUGUAGAGAAGCACAGGGAUCUUACCAACACCUUUGCCUGCAUCAUGAAGCAGGUGAUUGGUGGAAAGCUGACCAAUGACUUCACUUAUCACAGUGUUCCCGCGCCAUGGAUCCAGGUGCAGCUGCUGAGGAUCAUGGGAAUGUUGGGAGCUGGGCACAACAAGAACAGUGAACAGAUCUACGCUGUCCUGGAUGAAACCCUGGAUAAGUCUGAGAUUAAUCACAACAUGGGCUACGCUGUGCUGUAUGAGUGUGUGCGUACGGUCACCGCUGUACAUCCCAACCCUGCACUGCUGGAGAAGGCUGCACAGAGGAUAGGCCGCUUCCUCCGCUCCAGGAACAACAACCUCAGAUACCUCGGUAUCACAGCUCUAACCUCCAUGCUGCCUGUAUUACCGGGUGUGGCUGCUGAACACCAGAUGGUGGUGAUCGAGUGUCUGGAUGAUCCGGAUGAAACCCUGCAGAGGAAGACCUUAGAGCUGCUGUACAGGAUGACAGGUCCGCCCAACGUGACAGUGAUCUGUGACCGGCUCAUCUCCCAUCUCAGCACCACCACAGACACUUACCUCAAGUCAGACCUGGUCACCAAGAUCACUCAACUGGCAGAGAGAUUUGCCCCCAGUAACGAAUGGUUCAUCACUACCAUGAACCAGGUGUUUGAGCUGGGUUCUGACCUGGUCCCGAAUGACGUGGCCCAGAAUCUGCUGCUACUUUUAGCCGAGGGAACAGACUCUGAAUCUGAGGAUGCAGAACUGAGGCUACAUGCAGUUCAGUCUUACCUCGGCCUUGUAGAACGACCUCACCUUCCUGAUAUUUUGGUGCAAGUGUCUUGCUGGACGCUGGGUGAAUAUUCCUACCUGCUGCCUGAUGUAGAACCAGAGGCAGUCCUGCGGAGACUCCUGCCCCUGUUGGAGCGGGAGUACCGCUCCGUAGAAACCAUGGGGACGGUCUUCACAGCCAUCACUAAACUCUGUGCACAGAUGGGCAGGGUCACAGAGGAGGUUGUGUUAGUGUGUGAACAGUACCUGAGCUGUAUGGAUGUGGAUAUCAGACAGAGAGCAGCAGAACUGUUAGAACUCCAGACAGACGUCCCGAUCAUGCAGACUGUCCUGCCGCUAGACGCCAGCUGUGAGGACCUACAGAUUGACCCGUCCCUGUCAUUCCUGGAUGAGUUUGUGUCAGAAGCGUUGGGUCGGGGUGCAGCACCCUACAAACCCAGGCUACAGAGACAGUCAGAAACUAUGGCUAUGGAGGACAAAGCCCAAGCCGCCUUGUUCUCCGGGCUCAACUUCAAGCCAUACGACACCCCCCUGGUCCCCCCCUCCCUCACAGCAUCCUCCACACCCCCCUCCUCUCAGAGUAAGGGGGUAUCGGAGCCUUUAGGGUCCCUCAGCUCAGGGGGGUCGGGGGAAAGUUCGGAGAAACUUGAUGGUCUGGGCCUCAGGACACGGGGAGUUCGGAAGAUCUGGAGCAAAGAUGGCUGCACCAAGGUCAGGAAAAUGGCCGCUCCUACUGUUGACCUUGAGGUUACGCAAGAGAGACAAGAGGAGGCCACUGAAGUAGUACUGGAUGAGCCGGACAAGUCAAGCUAUUCAGGCAGUGCUCAAGUGGAGCCCAGUCCAGUAGUGGCCUCUCCAGGACAGCACGGCGAUGACCUGCCUGACCUUCAGGAGGACAGGAGGAAACAGCAGCUGGCCAGCGCGCUGUUCAGUGGACUGCAGCAGGGGGGAACAGCACAGACGUCCAGAGGACGAGGAAUUCUUAAGACGUCUAGAAGAGGCAAGACUCGAGGGCCGGCCGUCGGGAACCUUCUGGAAGGAAUCGACACCUUAGAACUCUCUCCUCAAGACACCCUCAACCCUACAGCUGACAGAACAGACUUUUUCACCAGCACCGAGACACAAGAUAGUAUCUUAGACCUACAAGAUGUCCUACAACUAGAUCCUAUUGGCACUGAAGUCUUAAAAUCGUCUUCCACUGCAGACAAAAUUGAGAAAACAAGCCAUGCAGAAAUCAACUUGGAAGAUUUAACUUUGAAAACCGUAGAAAAAGACUCUAAAGAUGUUACAGACUCUAGACAAUCGAAUAUGCCAGAAAAUACAUUAAGUUUACAGGAAAACAAUACUACUAGUGAAGUGCUUUCAAACAGUAGAACUAAACAAAGGACUGAAGACUCAGAAAGAUUGCAACAACCUGACAGUUUACAAAUCCAGACAGAAGACUUAGUUGCAGGGUUAGACAGACCACAGGUUGUACCCACUUCCACAUCAACAGACUCAAUACUUGAUAGAGACAAUGAUACAGACGGGAUGAGAUUCGACAAUGGAAAAGAGAUUCCUACAACGUUACCGGAAGACCUGAUGAAAUUCCCACAUUCUGUGGAACAUGUGGAAUUGUGUAGCGAUGAAGUGGUUCGCCUGACGCUGUGUAAAGUGUGGAAACCAGAGGAGUUUGUUGUCGUGAUUUUCCUGACCAACCACAGUGGCAACAGAGCUGUCACUGACGUCUGUGUGAAGUUGGAGCCAUCGUCAAAUUUUCAGUGUUCCAUAGGGGGAGCUGAAACUAGCUGUAUUGUGGAGGAGAAGAUAGCACCAUGUUCGUGCUCGGUACAUUCAGCUCACCUCACCUGUAAAGCACCUGCCCUGAGUAUGCACCUGGGCGGGGAACUGUCGUACAAGGACCACACCCUCACCAACAGGCGCCUCUUCUUCACCUGUGCCGUGCACCUGUCGGAUGUUGUCAGACCAUUAGAACUAACCACGGAACAGUACGGGGAGAAAUGGCCGCUCACAUCACAUGACAAGCGCCUCAAACUGGAGACCAACAAAGUCACCAAAGUAGCAGUAGUCAUGGACAUGUUCAAGGGCAGACUUGGAAUCCAUGCUGUAGAUAUCAUAGGUAAUGAGGGCAUAGCCAGCGGAACUCUCCUGCAGCAGGGCCUGUGUCUGCUCCAUGUCAAGGUCACCACGAAGGUCAACACGAGCACUGUGGAACUAUGGGUAAAAUCCAACAGCCAGCUCUUCACUGAAUGUGUGGCUAGGGAAUGUGCUGCUAUCUUCAGAUGACUCAAAUAGCAUGAUGGUAUCAUCUCCAUGAAAAAUUACUGUAGCCUUGAUAGAUUUGUUCAUCACUGCAAAUAUAUCAGUAGCAUUACUCUCCAAGCAGAGGUUUAGGUAUGGGGUUAUUUUUGGCGUGUUUUUGAACUUUGGCU